AUGGAUAAUAAAGAGGGGGAAGGUUCAUCUUCUCACCAAAUUUACCCAGCUGACGGCGUUUAUGCUCCGGCGACACCAGCAAAGCCAAGCCGAUCGGAAAACACGAUCUCAAAACACUGGCUACAAACUCCGUUUGAUGAAGCGUUGUUUGAAGAUUCACAAGCGAACAAGAAUUUCAGCUGCUGGGAGAAUAAUUUGGGUCAAAAUUUCGAGAUCAACGGUGGAAUUUGUGAUAAUGAUGCCAAUGGAUCGGCAAAGCUUCAUAAUUUCUUAUCCGAUCUAAACGCGCCACCACCGGAAACCGUCGUAACAGAACCGGUGGCGGAGGUGAUUAUCGCACAAUCACAGGAAGCUGAAAUUUCAACAAUUGUGGAAUCGAAUCAAGAAAAGGGAUUGAGUGAACAAAUCAAUUUGAAUGAAACGCCACAACAACCGAAGCAACGGAGGAGAAAGCACAGACCGAAGGUGAUAAAAGAGCGUAAGCCCAGAAGUGCAAAAAAGCCCGCUACUCCAAAGCCCGAUGGUUCUUCAACCGGAAAGAGAAAAUACGUCAGGAGAAAACCACUUGAAAAAUCGACACCAACAAAAACAAAAACAAAAACACCUGUUGUUGAGGGAAUCAUAGAUCUGACCAAAGAUGAAGAAGAAAAAAGUGAAAAAUCAUGUAAAAGAAGAAUCAACUUUGAUGAGGUUGAGAAAACAUGCUCUACAAGCACUACCCCUAUCACCCCAAGUAAAACUGAAACCCAACAGGGGAGAUCAAGAUCCAUUAAAGAUGUCAAUGGCGAUGGGAAUCAAAGUCACAAAACAGCAAAAUGUAGGAUAAAUUUCUUGCAAGAAACUCAUGAGAAAGGAGUGAUUACUAAUGUAUCAAGUCCGAAUGAAUCAAACUGCAGCACAAGUGCACAGGGAUCAAAGCAACAGAUUGAAAAUGGAAAUGGAAAUGGAGUUGGAGUGUCGCCUUUUCCUGAUUCUUUGGAGGCAUAUCUAUCAGUGUACACAGACUAUAACAAUAACAGUAGUAAUAAUAAUAACAAACCAGUGAGCUUACCUGUGAUUAGCAAGAAAAGGAGAAUCAGAAAGCGGAAGACUUCCAUGAUAUCUGUGUGGGAAAAUGGUAUAAAAGUAAGUUAUGAUCAGCAAUCUUACAGAUACAUGCAAGCAUCGACUGGAUUUAAAGGAGAAGCAAUAUAUGAGGCGGAAAUCCAAGUGAGUAAAGCAACCAAGAAACGUGCAAAGAAAACAACAACCACUAUGGUGGUGGCUUCUUCGUAUCAAGACCAAAUAAGCUUCACAAACAACUUAGGGUGUCAACCAAAUUUAAGAUGGAAUUUUGAUGAACUUGUUAAGCAAUUUGAGCGGAUGGAUAUUAAUGGAUUGAUGGAGGAAAAGGACAGGGUGGCGAUUGUUCCUUACUUGUCAAGAAACAAUGAAAAGAAUGAGAAUGUGAAUGUGAAUUUGAAUGCUAUUGUUCCUUUUGAAGGACAUGGGAGUGUAGUUCCAUAUGAUGGGUUGUUUAAUCCGAUUAGAAGAAGAAAGCCAAGGCCUAAAGUUGACCUUGAUGAUGAAACAAGUAGAGUUUGGAGGCUAUUAUUGGAAGAUAUAAAUAGUCAAGGAAUCGAUGGAACAGAUGAGGAUAAAGCAAAGUGGUGGGAAGAAGAACGAAGAGUGUUUAGUGGAAGAGCAGAUUCGUUCAUAGCUCGCAUGCAUCUUGUCCAAGGGGACAGACGAUUCUCUCGGUGGAAAGGAUCUGUUUUGGAUUCUGUGAUUGGGGUUUUUCUUACACAGAAUGUAUCGGAUCAUUUAUCAAGUUCGGCAUUUAUGUCUCUUGUAUCACGAUACCCCUCCAAGUCAAAAAGCAGCAGUGAACCUCUUCAUGAAGAGAAUUCAGUUGUGUCUGUUGAAGAGCCUUUAGAUGAAGAAGAAACCAUGAUGUUGAAGGAUAAUGAAAAAAGAGAAGUUGUAUACAGCAAUGAAGUUUCUAAAAAUGUCGCGUAUACAGUCGACUUUAAUGAAAAUUCAGAAUGUGGAGUUGAAGAUAUAAUUUCCUCACAGAAUUCUACAGAUACAUCUCCAAGCUCUGUACAAUCAUCAGUUGUUCAUAGUCAAAGUCAAAGUCAAAGUCAAACCACUGAAGAACAACAAAAGGACAGGUGUCAACCUAAUGAAGAGCAACAAAAGGAUAGGUGUCAAGCUACUGGUCUUAAUGAGUACACUUCUUUUGUUGAGUUACUUCACAUGCAAGGAUCCAACACAUCACCUUGUUGCAAUGGUUCUGAAAAUACCCUUCUACCUAAAGAGUGUGGAAGUGAAGAAAGUGGAUUAUCUGCAGAAUCUGCAAGUCAAGCUAGGGGUGGGAGUAGUCAAACAGUUGAUAAGGGUAGAUCUGUAAUUGAUAAAGUGAGAGCUGGAAAGAAACAGGUUAAAGUUGAAUGGGAUAAAUUAAGAUUACAAGCUGAAGUCAAAGAAAAGAAAGAGAGAACUCCUUACACAAUGGAUUCAUUGGACUAUGAAGCAUUAAUGAACGCAGAUGUUAGUGAUAUUGCUGAUGCCAUAAAAGAAAGGGGUAUGAACAAUGUACUUGCAACAAGAAUUAAGGCCUUGCUUGACCGGAUUGUACAAGACCAUGGAAGUGUUGACCUUGAAUGGUUAAGAGAUGUUCCCCCUGAUAAAGCAAAGGAGUAUUUGUUAAGCUUUAGAGGAUUGGGAUUGAAAAGUGUAGAGUGUGUUCGACUUCUAACACUUCACCAUCUUGCCUUCCCUGUUGACACAAAUGUGGGGCGUAUAGCUGUAAGACUCGGAUGGGUACCCCUGCAACCACUUCCUGAGUCUCUUCAGUUGCAUCUUUUAGAAUUGUAUCCAGUUUUGGAGACGAUUCAGCAGUACCUAUGGCCACGACUUUGCAAGCUUGACCAGAGAACUUUGUAUGAAUUACAUUACCAGAUGAUUACAUUUGGAAAGGUUUUUUGCACAAAGAGCAAACCAAAUUGCAAUGCAUGUCCAAUGAGAGGAGAAUGUAGACAUUUUGCAAGUGCAUUCGCAAGUGCAAGGCUAGGGUUACCAGCACCAGAGGGGAGUGUAGCAAGUAUAACAGAAAACAAAACUGGUCAAAAACUAAUUGGAAUGUCAGAUCAACCUAAUGAACAACUACAACAGCUAUCUGAACUCCAAAAUUGCAAUCAACCUAAUGAAGAACAACAAAAACUAUCUGAAGUCCAAAAUUGUAACCCUGUUGUUGAAGAAUCAUCAACACCAGGGACAAUAAUUGAAGUAGCAUCAACAUCAGGGCCUAUAGUGGAGGUGCCAUUGUCACCAGAGCCUAUAAUUGAGGUUCCCACAACACCAGAGCCAGAACAGAUACAACAAGAGCUUGAUAUGGAGGAUUUUUGUGAAGAAGACAGUGAAGAAAUUCCUAUGAUUAAACUAAACAUGGAAGAGUUUACUCAGAAUUUGCAGACUUACAUGGAAAGACACAUGGAACUUGGAGAAGGUGACCUGUCAAAAGCACUAGUUGCCUUAACAUCAGAAGCUGCAGCAAUCCCUGUACCUAAACUUAAAAAUGUCAGCCAACUAAGAACAGAACAUCAAGUAUAUGAGCUUCCAGAUUCACAUCCUCUUUUGGAAGGGAUGGACACACGAGAGCCUGAUGAUCCUUGCUCAUACCUUCUUGCAAUUUGGACACCUGGUGAAACUGCAGAUUCGAUUCAACCGCCAGCUGGACAAUGUUCCUCCCAAGAAUCUGGCUCAUUAUGUAAUGAAGAAACAUGUUUUUUCUGCAACAGCACACGAGAAGCAAAUAACCAAACUGUUAGAGGGACACUCUUGAUACCAUGUAGAACUGCAAUGAGAGGGAGCUUUCCACUCAAUGGGACAUAUUUUCAAGUGAAUGAGGUGUUUGCAGACCAUGACUCAAGCCUUAAUCCAAUUGAUGUCCCGAGAUCUUGGUUAUGGAAUUUACCAAGAAGAACAGUGUAUUUUGGUACUUCUAUACCAACAAUAUUCAAAGGCCUUACAACAGAAGAUAUUCAAUACUGCUUCUGGAGAGGAUUUGUUUGUGUGAGGGGAUUUGACCAGAAGACACGGGCCCCACGCCCACUUAUGGCCAGGCUACACUUUCCAGCUAGCAAGAGAGCAAAGACCAAGACUGAUGCAAAUGCAAAUGCAAAUGCAAAUUAGAGAUAGAGAUAUAAAUGGCAUGUAUAAAGAGCAACAGCAGACAUAUAGCUUUGGUGAAAAGACAAUGUCUGCUGUUGAUGGCCAGAGUGGCUUGAUUCAUAGCUUAGGAUUUCAUAGAGACAGCAGUUAAUUUGUAUUAACCCAAAGAUAAAUUGUGAUAUUGUAUUGUUUUAGCUUUGUUCUAGAGAUGUUAUGAGUUUUUACUCUGAAUCCUUAGCUGUUUGUUCUAGAUCUAUACUGAUAUGAGAUUGGUUGAUUUGCAAAACACAAAUUCCAAAAUAGAACACUAAAGAAGCAGAUGGUGACUAUUAGUGCAUAAAAAAACUGAAAGAGUUGCAUAAAAUUGACAUACAGGGAAAGCUGAGAAAUAUGUAAUGUCAUUUCAAGCUGAUAAACAGAUAACAGAAAGGCUAGUACUUAUCUAUUUGAGAGAAUCAGUCAAUGUCAACAACCAUGUCAAGCCUUCAAGCAUAGAUAUGCAGUUUGUUCAGUAGUGUAUGCGUUCAUAAUUGGAGAACCAAUCAGCAGUGCCAUUUACAGCAUACAAACAUCAAAAAAAAAUCUAUCCAUUGCGUAUGUAUGGUUCGUGUGUUCGCCUUAUCAUGCUGACUGAAUACAGAUUCACAGACAUUCAAGAUGUACAGAAUCAGCAGAAAACAAGCGCAGAUUUGA